AUGAUAGUUGAUGUUUAUCAUCCCUCUUUUGACGUCUCUACCCUCUCUAAACUUGGAUUCACAUCCAAUCCAUUUUCCCUCCCAGUACACUCCAACUACCCGAAAUCCUUCUCCAAACAUUUCACCUCCAGUUGGCGCCACCAUAUCCGUUGCCAACACUGCCCUUCGUAUAUCCGGCGACACCCUCCUAUACCUCUGGUGCUAACCUCCAAUAGAUUUUACUCCGCUCUCGCACAACAGAGUUCAAAUGGAGCCAUGGACCUGGUUAGAUACAGGAACAUGGGGUACAAUGGAUGUUAUAAGUUACAUGUGUUGGUGAUAGUGUUCGACGAUGGUGGUGUGUAUGGUGGUGACCGGAUAAACCAUGAAGAAGUUAUAGCGCCUGUUGUUAUAAAUGUCACCAUUGACAUUGACCAUAGAGGGAACAAAACAUUGUAA